AUGAGUACCCAGUUUGCCCUUUCUAAGCAUUGGAAAGAAUAUGAUGUCUUUGCACAGCAAAAGAUGUCAACAUUUAGAUCCUCUAGACCUGCUGUGCUUGAACUAGCUACUCGAUACAGAGAUUUAUCCCAGGAUCUAAAGCAGAUACAUUCAAAGAGGGAUGAUAUGACCCCUGAACAACAGCAGGAGGCUGAUAAAAUGCUAUUUAUGGAGAUGUGUGAAAUUUGUCUAUGGGGAAAUGCUACAGAUCUCUCACUCCUGACGUCUCUUACAUAUGAGGACAUCCAAAAGCUUCAAGGCGCAGAAGCCCGAAAGAAAGCAGAGGCUAAUGUUCUGGUGAACGAUCUUCCAGCUGCAUUUGAACUUUUAAACAAGGCCCGAACGGAACGAAAAAAUGAAGAGCGUCGAGUAGAUAUCGUUCUGGACAAUGCAGGUUUUGAGCUCUUCGUUGACCUCAUCCUGGCAGGCUAUCUUCUCUCCUCUGGAUUGGCAACAUGUGUUGUCCUUCAUCCCAAAUCUAUUCCGUGGUUUGUGUCUGAUGUUCUGCCACGGGAUUUUGGGGACCUGAUUGCCCUUCUUUCGGAUCCGCAGAGCUUCUUCAGCAGCACUGGAGAAGAAGAAACUGGGGAGGAAAAGAAACCACAGCCUCUCACGGACAAGGAAGUAGAUGAGUUGAAGUAUCUGUUCCAGCAGUGGGGUGACUUCCAUGCGGAAGGACAGUUGAUUAUUAGACCAAACCGAUUCUGGACAACAGCGUCAAGUUAUUGGCGGCUACCGCAUGAGGCUCCUAGUCUCUAUGAAGACCUAAAGGAAAGUGAACUGGUCAUCUUCAAGGGAGACCUGAACUAUCGAAAAUUGACAGCAGAUGCUCACUGGGACCCAACUACUCCCUUUGACACGGCAAUUGGACCACUUGGCCAAGGUUCAGGGGUUAGGGUUCUCGCUCUCCGCACUUGUAAGGCUGACGUUGUCGUUGGUCUCGAGAAAGGUGAAGAUGAGCGCUUGCGUAACAUGCCAAAUGGGGGAGGUGACUCUGGUUCUCGGAAAUGGGCCUGGAGCGGGAAAUGGGCUGUCGUUUCACUUUGUGACGGGAAGAAAAAGGAAUAA